AUGUUAUGGGUACGCCAGCAUGUUGUUACCUUUUCACGCGAACAGGAGCAAGAUCGGCUAUGGGAGCGUGCGAGGGUUUAUGCACGACAUGCUUACCAGGCUCCCUCGUGGACGGUAAGAGCGACCCAGGCUAUGCUUGUAUUACGUCGUUCGCCACCUCGACUGAUUAGCAUACCAAGGCAAAGUUGCGCGGCUCAGGAUUCACAAGAAUCACGGCCAGAACAAGCAUCAAGGCUUUCCGUCCAACAAACUCCAGAUACAAACAAUAAGGACAGCCAGGCAUCCACCUCGCGUUCUACAGAAGCUCUUAAUCCUCCUCGUGCAGCAGCAAAGAAGCGAUCGCUCUUUGACUUGCUUCGCUCCGAAAACUUUUCGGAUUCUUUGUUAGGCUGUCGCCGUGUGCAGCAUAGACGCAUUUAA